AUGCGCCUCUGCACCUUCGGAUUGAGAAGCCAAGACGUAUGGCGCAACGGAGCGAGCUUGGAGCUGCUCAUGCGCGCCUUGGAAGGCGGCGAGGGGGAGGGAGAUUCCGCGUGGUACGAGAGGGAUUUCUGCCCCGGUCUUUCCGUUUCCCCACACCGUCCAGCAUCCUUAGACCUCGGUUCCGCAGUCACGUUCAGUGGCGCUUACGCUUCCGACCUCAGGCCUGCCCCAUUGGAGAGUGAAUGGGUGGAGGCGUUGGGAAUGGAACAAGUUCCGAUGGAGCGGGGUUGCCAUUCUCGUCAAGUUUCCCCAGCGAAAAAGGAAGAGAUCCAUUUCCUCCAUCUCGACCUGGAUCCUCUUCUUCAUCGCGACUCCAAGUCCAAGCCGGAAGUGGAAUUAGAGUUGGUGGGUGGAGAAGAAGAAUGGGAGAUGGGGAAAGUGGUGAUUGGCUUGGAUUCGGAUUUCCCCGUGAAAUGGGUCAUCGUUCCACCGUCGAUGCGACCGCCCACCAAGAAAUCCACCAUCAUAUGGCGCACACAGGGAGAGACGAGUGCUCACCGCAUCAUUGUGGCAGACAUGGAGCAGACACGAGGAAAUAGGAUCCAGAGGAGUGUACCAAGUGUUUGCAUGGAAGGCCCUGUGCGCGUAUAUACCCGGGAGAGAAACCAGAAAGGAGAUAGCGGAAUGCACCCGGGGAGACAACACCUGUGUGUGGAAGGGGUCAAGUAUGACGAGGCCCCUCCUGACCAUGCUCGCCUCAUCUCCUGUUCUCCCCUCAAGAGUCCAUUCACUCAUAAUGGCAUCAUGAUAGUCGGUUCCCAUUUCUUCCCUAAUGCUGCCAGUCCCCAGAAAUUGCAACUGCUCCCUCCGCGCCCACUCCUCUCCCCACCCAUUCCCCCAUCUCCCCACCCACUCUCACAUCUCUCCACCCGCUCCUCCAUCUCCCCACUCCUUCUCCAUUUCCCCACGCCCUCGCACCAGUUCCGUCCCAGCACUUCCCCAGCCCGGAUCGUGAGAUCCGUGCAUGGCUUCGAGGUUGGGAAAGGAGGGGAGCUGGUGUUGUGGGGAGGGGAGGACACUGCAUUGGAACGAAGGAAGAAGAAGACAGGGACGGCGUUUCUUCGAACCAUCCUUCGUCGAUAUGAAGCUCUCUCCUCUUUUGCCUAUCUCCGGUAUCCUCUGCAAAGGAUUCGACUCCAUCUCGCCACUGGCUGGAAUCGGGCGUGGAAAUGCGACCCAGACUCUAGGGACGUCCACGACAUCCACCACGUGACGGCCUGGAAGAAAAUCCCUAAAUCCGUGGAUGGCUGCUUCAACCAAUUACAUUGGGGCUCCAAUUCCAAGGAUGUGCACUUGCUGGAGGCUGUUGGCGAGCAAAGGUUAAGGUUAAGCAUCCUGUUGCGGCCUUGUUUCCAUCCCUUGAGUGAAAACAAGGGAAAUGUAACCCUCCUUCUCAAGGGAAACAGAGCCUGGGAAAUUCGGGUUCAUCACCUUCUGCACCGACCACAUGUCACCGUCGUUGCAGAGGGGGAGGUGAGUAAUCCCGAAGACCACCUGGUUUUUUACGUGGAAUCCACGGAAUUCCCAGAUGAAUUCGACAAACUCCUCCUCCAUGCUACUCUCCAUUAUGGACUCCCAGCAUCUUAUAUUCGAAUCUCGGAUCCCACCGUAGACACAUUGGAGCUUUGUCUGGCUCCCAAGGAUCCCAAUCUAGUUGGAGCUCUAUCUGUCCGCUGUGGAAACUCUGGAUUCCUAUUGACUGUACCCCUUCGAGUCCUCAAGCAAAUUCAUAUCAAGCCAGAGCAAUUGACAGUUCGGAUUCGGAAAAGGAAUUGCGUGGAGCCACAUCGAAACAGAACCCAUGUUCUGCUGGAAAUCCCGUACAACGACUGUGGGACGAACAUCUACUCCCUUGGGAGUAGCUUUUCCUACGUAAAUCAUGUUCGAAUUUUGACGAAGCUAGACACGAAGUGGGAUGGUGAGAAGCAGCCCUUAACGAUCAUGUUGCAAUGCAAGUAUGGCCUCCUUGACCUUCCUUCUUCUCCUCGCCUGCUCCAGGAGGAGGCGGAUGGGCAAGGAGAGGUGAAGCAUAAGAUAGAAGUGGUCGAUUGGGAAAAGCGACGUCCACUUCCACCUCUCUCGACUUUCACUUGGUCCCAGAGGGUUUACAUCCGCAUCUCCACCCUUGGCCUGGAGAGAUUUGAUGGAGGAGAGGCGAAGAUGGAGACUAUGAUGAAUCGAUGCUGGGUGAGUGAUAGUCACGGACAUGGGGAAAUGGGAAAACAGAAUCUCAUGCUCUUGGAUACCAAUUGUUCCCUCUCUUCUGCCUCUUCUGCACGCCUAUUCAAGUCUCAUCAUCAUCCCAUCCUCGCUUUCUCAAUCGCAGAUGCCUUCAAAGGGUUCGAAUCCUUCUACAUCUUCUGUGAAGUCGGGCUUUGUUCCAGGCGAGGAAUAACUGAAACUUCUGAUAUGCCAAGCCUUUUCGAAUCUCCCAAUGCCAAUGAGGAAGAUCAAGUUGGGAAUCUAAAGGGUGGUGCAAAAUACCUGCCACCCUACCUCCAGACAAAACCAGCCAAUGCAUUCGGGAGAAAAGAGGAUGUGGGAAGAAGUCAAUCGAAAUUCUUCGCGCUGGGCCUCUUCAUCUUCGCCAGCAAUCACAUUCACCCUCGACCUCUUCCUCCAUUCUAUCGGAUGGUAGGGACUAAGGCUAUGGACUAG